AAAACUCAUAAGCUUCUAAUCCUCCUAUCACAAGUCCACCAGAAGAACAAGGUCACCUUGAUAACAUAGCUUCAUCACGUGCAAAGUCUCAGACUGAACCAAUAGAAAUUGAAUAAGUCUGAGCCAAUGAUGUAAAAGAUUUAACUGAAUUUUGCAGUAUAUAAAUCGAUGAGACGAAACAUUUAGAUAAUAUUGGAUUAGUUGAGGCUUUAGUUAUUCAUUUCUGUAGUAGUUGUGAUUGUGAUUUUGGUUUUCGUUGAAUAUGUCGUCUGGCAAAAAUGACAAGGUGGUUAGCAUUCCUGUGAAUCGUGAGUCGCGAUCAUUCGAGAGGCAAAGACGUGACUUGUUGACGGGUUUGGAACAUGGAGGUAGCAGUGGUCGUGAGAACUCUAUUGCACCAUACCAUGACGACUGGCCGAGCACAGUGGACAACUGGAUCAACUCAGCGUGGAGAAGAUGGGAUGAAGACAUGCGUCGUAUGAGGCGAGGGAUGUUCGCUCUGUUGCCAGUGGACGACUUUGGCGUGUCAGCACUGCACGAUCCAUUUGCCCUGAUGCGUCAGAUGGAGCACCACAUCGAGGAUAUUCGAGACAGGAUGGGUUCAUUGGACGUGCCGUCGACUGGGUCAUUGACUGACUUCCUGAAGGACGCAUACGAGAUAGGUGAAGAUGGGAAGGUGCAUUUCAAGGUGAGAUUCGACGCGAAAGGCUUCGAUGCGGGCGAUAUCAAUGUGACAUCGAGUGACAACCGUGUGACUGUGCAUGCGAAGAAGGAGACGAAAAGUGAUGGUGGGAGAUGUUCUCGUGAGUUCUGUCGGAUGGUGCAGCUUCCUCAGAGCAUCGAGCAUAAUCAACUGAAAUGUCGUCUGACAGAUGAUGGUGUUUUGAUGCUGGAGGCGCCUGUAAAGGUUUCCGCGAACCAGUCACUGACGUUGAAUGAGUCCGGUCAGGUUGGUGUGCGACCGAAGCCGGAUAAUCAGAUACAAGCAGUACCUGGGUCUAAAGCCCUUGCGGUGAGAGGUGUUCAGGGUCCAACAGUUGUGGACGAUGGUUCGGGUGGUAAACGAUUGCAUGUGGAGGCUGCAGUGGAUCCUAUCUACAGGCCUGAAGAUUUGUGUGUGAACGUGGAUUCGAACCGUGUGGUAAUCAGUGGACGUCAUCAUAAGGAGGAGAAACAUGGUGGAUCUGGGAAGGCGAGUUCGUAUGCUGAGUUCAGUCAGUCAUAUGCAAUUCCGGAGACAGUGGACCCGUUAUCUGUUUGUGCUCAGGUAGUUGGGAACACAUUGGUGGUAGAGGCGCCGUUGGAGAAGCGAAUUGAAGUUAGCCGUUGAAGCGUAAUGAUAAUGAGGGAGGAUUGAGAUGAUGAUGAACAUCGAAUUUAUGUGGUGUUGUUUUUUUACUCAAUAAACUGUUGUUACUUCUCU